CCAAAACCCUUUGCCUGUCAUCUCAAAUUCUCAAUAACUGAAAAUCAAUUCUUCUAUCUUCAAAAAAAGAAAAUCUUCUUCUCGAUCAAUUUAGGGAGGACCAAAACUCCUUCUGCCAAGAGCUGCUGAAAUUGGGUAUAAUGGAUCUUCGUCCCAGGCAGAGGCAACACUUCUCUGGUUUCACCGAAGCUGAGAUUCAGAGGAUGGACUGCUUACUUAAGGAGUCAAAAGAAAAGGUUUUGGACCAAGACUUCUGCAAGAAAUUGGCAAAGGUUUUCAACCGGUCCAAAGGUCGUGCAGGAAAACCUAUUGUGAAGUGGACAGAGGUGCAAAAUUGGUUUCAGAAUAGGCAGCAAAACUGCCUCCAAACAGAUACUCCAGCUGAUGCCUUCAAAGUAUUGCCUGAUGUUACAGAACCAAACCAUCUGGACAAAGCAAAAGAAAACUCUCCGGUUCAAAACGGUGUCUACAUCGCUGAAAAAGUUCCAGAUCUAACAGAGUUAGAAUUCGAAGCUAGAUCUUCAAAAGAUGGGGCAUGGUAUGAUAUUGAUUCUUUUCUCUCUCACAGAUAUCUAAGCUCAGGGGAUGCUGUAAGUAAUUAUAUUUGGAUGGAUUGCCUUCUGAAUUUGAAACAAUUUACGAAAUGUCAUAUAUUGCAGGAAGUUCUUGUAAGAUUUAUUGGGUUUGGGGAAGAGGAAGAUGAAUGGAUAAACAUUAGGAAGUCAGUCCGUGAACGUUCCAUUGCUUUGGAGCAUUCAGAGUGCAGCAAAGUGAGGGUUCGAGAUCGUGUAUUGUGCUUUCAGGAGAAAAAGGACCAAGCAAGAUACUUUGAAGCUCAAGUUACUGAAAUUCAAAAGAGAUUGCAUGAUAUAAGAGGGUGCAGAUGCCUAUUCACAAUUCGAUAUGUUCAUGAUAGCACUGAGGAAACGGUUCGGUUGAGGAGAUUGUGUUUCCGGCCUAGCAUACUGGCCCGCUCAGAGGAGACUUAGUUCCUAUAUAUGUAUACUAAAGGGCCAAGAGUCAACCAGAACUCACAAAAUGGUCGCUAUUUUGAACUGUUUAGCAUCGCCCGCCCGCCUGCUGCUACAUUUGUGUAUAACAGACAGCGCGCUACAAGAUUUUUAGGUUUUGACGUAGAACAGAACGAACUAUUAUUAGCAGCUAAUCCGCUGUAUCUCGCAUCUCAUCCUAUAGCCAUUUUGAGUAAUGAUAGAUAGUGUGGGCUUUUUAAUUGUGGUUGCAGAUGCAAGUAAUGAUAGUGUGGAUUGUGGACUAUUAUAGCCAUUGUGGUGAAUGAAGUUUCAUCCUUGCCUUGCUUUG